UAAGUCACAGCAAGUCACAGUAUUAAUCCACCAUUAUCCACUUGUACGAUGUUCUGCCGGGCUGCACCAGAGUUUGUUCAUGGGGUUGGGGAUGUUCUGUUGUACCAGUUACCAGGCGCUGGUUGUGCCGUCGUUUGAGAAGUGUUUUGAUCGUUUGAUUCCAUCGUUUCUUUUGGCGUGACUAUCCCUGCAGCCGUAAAGCUCAUUCGCUUCCAUGCACAACUCUAUACAGGUAUUCCGAACUCGCAAUGAAGAGAGGCACCAUUCUUCAGUGUGGCACUGAUCAAGGAGGCAUUCUUAACGACCCCGUCACCCACUAUGUCCUGUUUCAACCAGAAAUCGGGACACAAGAGACUAGGCACACCUCCGAUAUACCAGGCGACGACGCUGUUUAUGUGGUGACCGAUUCGCCUGAGCCUUCUGGUACUGUGACCACGGAAGAAUGGCUCUCGGCAUCAGGCAGCCUUUCUGAAUGCAGCACGACAGAGCAAACUGCAAAUCACGUAAAAAUGAAGAAAAAGCAUUCAUUCGUUUGGGAACACUUUGAACGCCACACGUUGGACAAGUGCAGCCAGGUGUGCAAACACUGCAAUAAGAGCGUGCGUCUUGGAAAAGAAGGUGGUUGCAGCAAACUAGGCACCACAGCUAUGCGUCGCCACCUUCAAAUCCACCAUGCACAACUCUUGCCUGGUGUUUCGCCACGAGCAAGUGUUGUGCGCACCAAAAAAUCACGAGCUGCGGAUAGUGCAAGUGACAUUGCAAGAACUAGUGGCAGUAAGAACAAGAGCUUGGAUAGGAAAAGCAAGCGGCAGUUUUCAUCGUCAGUUUGGCAGCACUUCGAUUAUAAUAGUAGUGACAGAUUCUUGGUAGUGUGCAAAAUCUGUAGAAUGCAAGUGCGUUUGGGAAAGGAUGGUGGCUGCAACAGAGUGGGAACAACUGCAAUGCACAAGCAUGUCACCAUUCAUCACAAAUUCUUACUUCAGAAAAACCCUGCCCUCGGAACGAGAGAACAGAGUCGCAGCAGGAGAAGCCAGGAAGUGUCCUGCAACAUGACCAAGAGGUCACCAGUGCCACCUACAGUUGCUGCUGUACACCAUAAAACACCUGAAGCCAAGAGCGAUUCCUGUGGACCACAUCACCUUAACUCAGUGGCUCUAAACCACUGCUUGGCAAUGUACAUAGCUAACAGUAUCCAGCCGUUCUCAUUCGCAGAAGAACCAGCUUUUCUUGAGUUCAUGCACUGUUGUGUGCCACAGUGGAAAGUUCCCAAGAAGAGUUAUUUUGCUGACUGCGGAGUUCCUGCGCUUGCAACCAUGAUUAAAGAAGCAGUGAGAAAGGACCUGAAAACUUGUGUUGGGGGUACAGUGCACUUAGGCACUGAAACGUGGCAGGGCCCCCACAUGUUUGACCUAGUGUCUGUUACAGCAUUCUGGGUGAAGACUCAAGAGCCUGAACAGAAUCUUGUAAGAUGCAAGGCUGUCUUGGAUGUUGUCAACCUUGGAGAGUCAUGUACUGUUGAAAAUGUCAAUCAAGCCUUGGAGACGGCUAUUAAAGAUUGGCUACUGCCUGCAGAGCUUAGGGUAGGGCAUGUAAUUACUGAGCGUUUACCCAGUGAAGCACUGUGUUUCGCUGAAAUGCAGCUGAAGCAUGUCACUUGCAUGGCCCACUGUCUCAACUUUGAAGUAGAAAAUCUGCUCUUCACGUUUCAUAGUAAGCUAGGUGACUCUUUUGAGGUGGCCCGCUCUAUUUGCAGCCAGUUGUGCCGCAGUGAGGCAGCUAGAGCCAAAUUGAAAGUAAUUCAGUCACACCACAACCUUAAGCAGCGGCCACUCGUGCCGGAUUCUCCUACUAACUGGAAAAGUACUCUGCGCAUGUUAAAGCACUUCUGUGAGCAGAAGCUGGCAGUAAAUGAGUAUCUGAAAGUGACAGGCGGAAUAUCUAUCAGCCCAGAGCAAUGGUUAGUGCUCAGAGAUGCAGCUAGUGUGCUGCAGCCUGUGGAAGAAGUUGUUCGCCUCCUGAGCAUGGAUUCAGCCAUGCUGGGACAGGUCCUUCCGCUGCUCUGUUUUGCUGAGAAAAUGCUACAGAGUACGUUGGAGAGAUCAGAAAGAGGCAGUCCUGCACAUUGGCUUUCGGCCCACCUCCUUUCGAAGCUUAGCUCAAGUAGCCAUGUUACUGCUGUAAAAGCAGACCUCACAUACUGGACUGCAAGCUUCUUGGACCCUCGUUUCAGGGACACCUUCUGCAGUUACAUUGGUGGUGAUGAAGUGACGGCAGAGCAAAAGCUUAACAAGGUAAAGAAGCACCUUAUCGUGAAAAUACGCGAAACUUACAUGCACACAACAAAGUCAUUAUAUGUAGCUAAUACUGACAAGUUGCCAUAUCAAGAUGAAACUGCCCCAUCACUCGACGAGGACUUUUCGCUGUGGCUUACAAAUGCCGAGCAGAUGGGGCUCACCAGGUCAAAGGCUGAAGUUUCUUCAGACAGCACAGACAUAGAGGGAGCAGCAGCUGCCAAGUUUGAACUCGAGGCCUACAUGCAAGACAGCAUUGCCGAUUUCUCGGCACCCAUGAGUGAUCCGGCAUUGUAUUGGCAGACAAAGCGGAUGAUUUGGCCAUCUUUAUACACUGUAGCAGUUACAUACCUGGCAUGCCCCCCGACCAACACGUACUCAGAAAGAAUGUUUGAAAAAUAUGGUGCUGUUGCUUCUGAAGGUAGGCAGGGUAUCUGUGCCGAUACUCUGAGCUUAUUCUGUUUCAUACGAAUGAAUCACAACUGGGUGCCAAAGGACAUUUCAGAUGCACCAGCCGAUGUGAUAGACUCGUUACGCAAUGCCAUGGACAAAGGCAACACUGAUCAAUAUACUAACACUCAGUUUGUAGAUGCAGAUAGCGAAGUGCUGCUGAAGAGAGUUAUUUUUCAAGACUGACGUUAUCACGUAAAGAAUUACAAAGGUAUCCACUGUUCAGGCAGAAGUCAUAGCAGUGCCCAGUGUUGCCUUCUCCAUUUGCCAGCUUGCAUCCUCUUUACUGAUAUGUGCUGAGUCUUUCAAACAGCUACUGUGAAAUACAUGAUUGAAACUAAAAAAUUUACUGCUUCCAUAUUCAUUUUCAGAUGUUUACAUUUAGCCACUCAUGUGGCCCUUCUGCGUGUUGAAUCGCCCCCGAUUACCCAGGUAUAAGACAGGAGUUUUGUGAAAGAGUUGUGUGGUCGUUCCCAAUUUGUAGAAUGGGCACCACCUGCACAUGUUAAUGCCAUCAUGGCACAAGAAGUUAAAAGUUGUGAUGCUUACAUAACGUAAAGCGAAGUAUUUUGUUGUAGCAUUUGGUGUGCACGCCAUACAUGUCAGCCGUUUUUUUUUUUUCUCUUUCAAAUGUGCAGUACAUAUAUCCCUUUAGGUUUGCAUGGAUUGCGGCACACAAGAUAAAGUGUUACUGGCCUGCAGCACUGCUUUUGAUACAUUCCUGUCAUUAUUGACAGGGUCACAAGCUACAAGCAUUAAAGGGAUACUGAUGCACGAAAAUUUUGUUUUUUUGUAUCAAAUGAAAAGCCAGGCCCUCAAGAGCCUAGAAAAUGAACUGGUGAGCGUGAGUGCACCCUAGAAAGUUGAACACGUCUUAAUUUAAACCAGUUUUGGUUCCUGCUAUACUCCGAUGCCACAACAUGGUAUGAGCUUCUCAUUACUUGCUUACGCUGGAUAUUCUAACGUUUCCACGGCCACUCCGCUCCAUGGCUCUGUUGGCGACGUGCAAGCAGCUGUUUUGUAUGUUUUGUUACCUGUUGUCAUUACAACUAACCGUACUAACGCGUGAAGUCGCCAAAAUUGAUACUGCAGCCCGACGUCACUCUAGUGUCGAGGUCAGUAGGUGUACCAUGCGAGAAUAGAGUUUAAUGUUGAAACAAAAGUAUCAGCAUUUCCUAAGCUUCGCACUGUAUACAGGAGAUUUGUAUGACAAAUCCAGCUUCGAAAAUUGGCGCGAGUACCCCUUUGAAAGAGGUCUGCCACUUAGAACUGUGCUCGUGUAUACUAUGAUGCUUCCUAGUGGUGAAGGUUCAUUUCAUUUCCCUUUGUUGAUAGAGUUUAGGGACACAGCUGCUGCCUUCUCUUUUCUAUCCUGCCUUUUGCUUUGUAUCACUGGCUUUAUUAACCAUUCCAUGACCGUGAAAAAAAAAAUAUUGUGCUAUAUUUACUGAAUUUUUCUUAGAGCGCAGUUCCUAGGUGCCCGUUCCUGCAUUGAGCAUCGUCCUUUGUUGGCCCUCGCUGUAUCCGCCUGCCUCACGUGCCUCAAGCCGUGCAAUGCUCUUCUUUCGCAGAGUUUGGCUCUGAAGCCUUCGCCCCCGAAAGAGAAAAAAAAAAAUAUAAGCACCAAAAAGUAGGCAAAAUAUAAAAGCAAUAAAAGAAUAAAAAUAAAGCAUAUGUAAGUGCAGUCGCAAUGCCAAAGCAGAAAAUAAGCAAAUGAAAAAAACUAACAAAAGAGUAAGACCAAUUAAAAGAAAUAAUAAA